AUGACUCUUUUUAGUUCGGUUCUCCUGACUGUACUUGCAGUGUGCAAAGCGCAAGCUGCCCUUGAUGUUAUUCCUGGAGCAACUUGGACCGCUACCGGCACCGGGAAGCCCGUUCAAGCCCAUGGCGCCGGUAUUAUUGAAGUCGAUGGAACCUACUACAUGAUAGGAGAGGAUAAAACACACGGCGCUCUCUUUGAGAACGUGAACUGCUAUUCGUCUAAGGACUUGGUUGAAUGGACCUACGAAGGCGCUCUCCUCUCCCGAACGGACGAGGACGGAGAUCUGGGCCCGAACCGCAUUGUAGAGAGACCCAAGGUUCUUUACAAUGACAAGACCGGCAAGUAUGUCAUGUACCUCCACAUCGACACUCCCCCCGACUACAAAACCGCUCGCGUGGGCGUCGCUACUAGUGACACCGUGUGCGGAAAGUACACCUACCAUCGUAGCUUUAGGCCUCUUGACCACGAAAGCCGAGACAUGGGCCUUUUCAAAGAUGACGACGGAUCUGCAUAUCUUUUGACUGAAGAUCGCCCGUAUGGCACUCGUAUCAUGGCCUUGUCGGACGACUACCUCGACGUCACUGACAUCACCUUCGGCUUCGAGGGUGCCAAGGCCGAAUCCCCGGCCAUGCUGAAGAAGGAUGGAUAUUACUUCAUCUUUGCCUCGGACCUGACAGGCUGGGAAGCAAACGAAAACACGUAUAGCUACGCAAAAUCCCUCUCUGGCCCCUGGUCUGACUGGACAACCUUUGCACCCGUUGGUACAAAGACUCACCAUAGUCAAGUCAAUUACAUCCAGCCCCUUGGUACCAGCAACGCGAUUUACAUGGGCGACCGCUGGCAUGGCGGUGACCUUGCUUCGAGCACCUAUGUCUGGCUACCCCUUACCUUUGAUGGCACCAAGGUCACUCUUGAAUGGCGCGAGAGCUGGAGGCCUGAUGUUUCCAAAGGCACCUGGUCAGAGCGCCCUGGAGAAACCAGCCUGGAAGGUGAAGCCGCAAGCCUUGAGAGCGGUGCCGAAGCCAUCUGGUGCGAAGAGUGCAGCGGAAAAAGUUCUGCAGGAUAUAUCGGGGGUGACAAGGGAGGAACCGUCACAUUCAAGGAUGUGCAGAGCUCUUCUGCUGGCCGCAAGACCAUUACCAUCAAGUUUGGUAAUGGAACCUGGAACACGCGAUUCGCAAACGUUACGGUUAAUGGGGAGUCUCAGACUUUGGCAUUCAAAUCGACAAAGCUGCGCUGGUGGGAAGCAGGUAGCGCUUCGCUCCACUGCGACUUGAAGAAGGGAUCAAACACUAUUGUGAUCUCGACGGAGGAUAAAAGUUGGGGUCCGGAUGUAGAUCAGCUCCUGGUGCCGACUGACUAG